UUUAAGUUGUUUUAAAUUGUAUUCAUGUCUCGGUGGACAUACUACAGUUGAUUAUAUGUAUGCAUGUGUGUAAAAUACAAUAUGUCUUUAAGAUGGGUGGAUAUCAGCUCAUAUCAUGGGUGGAUCAGUUUCUAGGAGGUGGUUUUUAAACACUGGCCCUUUCAGUUUCAGUUUAUGAGCUGUCUUAAACCUUAACAUAUAGCUGCUUCAGAAGCAGGCCAUCGAGGCAGCAUGCCGGGGUCUGAGGAUGAGUUUAAAUGCUGCACUCGGGACUUUCUCUUCACCUGUGUGGACUUGUUGCUGUUCCUGUUUGAUAUAGGGUUGGAUAUAUGGGCUGCUGUGUCCCUCUACAAGCAGGAGGCCUACGUGUACUUCAGCCUCCUGCUGCUGUUUCUCUUGGGCUCGUCCAUGUUGGUUCAGGUGUACAGCUGGCUGUGGUACCGCUACGAUGAUUUUAAGAUGAAGACAAAGAUUGAGAAGAAGCCGAGCCAGUGCCAGCUCAAGCUGCUGCAUGUUUUCCAGCUGGGGAUCUUCUUCAGGUUGUUUCAUGAGUGUGUUCAGUGUGUUCAUAGUGCCCCAGGAGUCAUGGAGAAGUCUGUGCAAAGCUUAUACAGAAAGCGCGCUGACGCUGAGAGUGUGGCCAAGUUUCUGAGACAGGAUCUCCGCAUUUUGCGUUUCAUUGAGACGUUUUCAGAGAGCGCCCCGCAGCUUGCUCUCAUGCUCACAAUCAUUCUGCACGAAGGUCGGCUGGAUCCUGUUACAGAAUUACUUGGAUCUUCUAACAAAGAAUCAGCGUUUGUUCUAACUCUGCCCCUCGCUCUCCCCUCAGUGUUGAAGGCCAUCGGCUCGACUUUGUCCAUCGCCUCCUUUUUGACCACCUACGAUCACUCAAUGCGCACCUUCCUGCCAGAGAAGGAAAAACACCACAUGAUCUCAUUAGUUUUCUACUUCAUCUGGAACCUGGUUCUCAUCUCUUCUCGUCUCACUGCUCUCGCUGUUUUCGCCUCCGUGCUGCCCUGCUUCAUCUUCGCCCACUUCAUCUGCUCUUGGCUGGUUUUAUUCUUCUUCGCUUGGCGAUCCAAGACGGACUUCAUGGAUGACCCUCGUGCAGAAUGGCUUUACAGAUCCACUGUUGGCCUCAUUUGGUAUUUUAACUGGUUUAGUGUGGCCAAAGGGAUGAGGAUCAGGUCCGUGCUCUAUCACGCGUAUAUCCUUAUUGAUAUUUGCAUCCUCUGUGGUUUGUGGUGCUGGAAGAUGAGCACAGAUCCUCCUGAUUUUGUGACACACCCUUUAACCACGGCUGCCUGUGUUGUUGCUGUUUACGUCCUUGGUCUGUUAUUUAAAGUUAUUUAUUAUACGUUCUUCCAUCCAAACCUUGAUAAAGAUAAGCUGAAAGGGGCCACCAUCCCAGAGGAGCAACCUGAAGAUGAAGAGCGAUCUCAUUCAGUUCCUACACGUCUCCUUAAGGCCACUGACAAUAAAAGAAUGAGGAAGCUGGCCGAGAACUUCUUCUGCUGACCUGCAUCAUUUGACAUCCACAGGAUGUGGAGGUUAGAAAGAGACUGAGUCAUGUAGGUCACAAGGCUGUGCGGGACUGAGGACUGACCUGCUGCCUGAUUACAGAUACAGACACAGAUACAAUAUUGAAUUAUUUUGCUCAGGUUGAUGUGGGGAUGAAUGUACAGAAACUCUUUAUGCUCUGUGUAAUCGAUCCCUUAAUUGAUUAACUUAGGGACAUGGAUAUUCUAGGUACUUUCAAUGAGGAGAAGAGGGACAAGAAAACUAGAACACUUCCUUAUGCUGUCUUAUAGAGAACACUCUAUGGCAUUUAUUACAACAUAACACAUAACAGUCUCAUCAGCAACUUCAAUAAUAUGCAGAAUGUUAACAACACUUCUGAGACAAAACCCAAUAUAAUCCCCCCUUCAGUCAGUCAAUUCACGUUCCAUAUUAGUAUUAGUCCAUUUAUGUCUCUUAUCACAGUUCUACCUCCACCAACCACUCUGGUUUGGUGAGGAAAGGAAAAAAAGUAAAAUAUGGUGUUGAAGUAAAAAAAUAAUAAAAUAAAUUCAGAGCUCUUAGAAAAACUUUGUCAAUCUACCCGGGUAGUGUGUGUGUGUGUGUGGAUAAGCCCAGUGCUUAUCUGCAAAGAUGAGUAAAAUCCUCGUUCGCCGUCCUUCUGGGUGGAGCGAUGCGUCUCUGGAAGAAAACCCCUGGAUUCGCCUUCCAAUCGCCGAUCGAGUAUCCAGCAACUGUCUCUCGCACUAUGUCUCAACAAAGUAAACAAACAACUGGAAAAAGGGAUGCGUGGUAAGCAAAUCCUAAUAGUCUGUAACUAUAAAAACCUUAACACUUAGAAAAAAGGUUCUUAUUCUCUUCGGUACUCCAUGCGCUGGGUGCGUUCUUCUUCUAGCUUGCUGGCUAUCUGCUCCGCUGCAGCUCUU